AUGGCUGAUACUGACAUUGGUUUGCCAAAUCAACUUCGAUUGAUAAGGCCCGCUAUCUUUGCAUAUUUCCAAGCUGUCGGAGAAAAAGGCGAAAAGGCAAAAGAGUUCCAAGAAGUCCUGAAAAUCGUGGAAGAACAAGGCCUUGGAGACCAGAAAUUUUUUGCUAGUGACAAUACUAUAGGUUCGGUGGACAUUGCAUUUGGAAUGUUAGCUUACUGGCUUGAGUGCAUUGAAAAAGUCGUCGGAGUGAAGAUUUUAGAGGCCAGCAAUUUGCCUCGCUCGCAUGCAUGUGCUCAGAAUUUCAAGCAAGUGCCUGUGGUCAACGACAACCUUCACGAUGGUGGAAAACUGCUUGCCCAUUACAAACAUUCUAAAGAGAAAUUGAUAUUGGCGGAAAUUGUUUUCUUUCAUACUGAUUACUGA